AUGCUAGAGAAAGUGAACUCAUGUACGGUAACAAGUGUCAAACUGGAUGAUGAGGGGGAAUUUCACUAUUUUUUCUCCGCCUUGGGAGCUUGCGUAGAAGGGUUUAAAUGCAUGAGAAAAGUGAUAACUGUUGAUGCGACACAUCUGAAGAACGGAUACGGUGGUGUACUAGUUUUUGCGUCUGCUCAAGACCCUAAUCGUCAUAAUUAUCCCUUAGCGUUUGCUGUUCUUGAUGGUGAGAAGAAUGAUAGUUGGAUCUGGUUUUUUGAGAAGUUGAAAACCGUUAUACCGGACUCUUCCGAGCUGGUAUUUAUGGGUGACAGAAAUCCAAGCCUCCUCACCGCCAUAGCUAUUGUUUAUCCGAUUGCUCAUCAUGGGUACUGCAUAUGGCAUUUGUCCCAAAAUGUCAAGGGUCGGGCCUUCAGCGUCAACAAAGAUGUAGUCGCGUGGAGGUUCAUUGAGUGCAGUAGGCAUUACACGAUUGCUGAGCAUGAGAAGGCUUAUAGUGAUUUCGUGUCAAGAUACCCUUCUGCGGCCAAGUAUCUGGUCGAGACUACAAAAAAUAUGAAACAUACAUCGGCAAGAUGUUACUUUCCAGGAGACAGAUACAAGAUAGACACAAGCAACUGUGUGGAAUCUUUGAACAGCACUUUCAGAUCCGCAAGGCAGUACUACUUAAUCCCCAUGCUUGAUGCGAUCAUUGCAAAUAUAUCUGAGUGGUUUAAUGAUCAUAGGAAGGAAGCUGCCGCUGUACCGGUUGAACAUAAAUUAGUGCCAUUUGUCGAGAACUUUCUGCACGACACUUGGCCAGAAGCUAAGAAAUUAAAAGUGAAGGAGCUAAACUGGUUUGAGCGUAUAUAUGAUGUCAUUGCGAAGACAGAUGGCGGCGAAGCGAGGUUCUUUGAUAUUCAAAAAUAUCCUUGUGUUCACGCUCUAGCUGCUUUUAUAGAAUUCAACACCAAUAAUGAAGACAGAGAUCGUGAUAUCCAACUACAUGAGUUGUGCUCGAGGUAUUACUGGGUUGAGACAUGGCAAUUGGCGUAUUAUAGGACUGUUUAUUUGGUGCCAAAUGAGUGUCAGUGGAAUAUCCCGGAGUAUGUGAAGUAA